GCCUCAGCACUGCACUGCUGACCGCCCGUAACCCCGCCCCUUUAUGCAAAUCCAAGAGACACACAGUCUUGGCUGAGGGAGCAGACGCGCUCUGAUUGGUCAGCGACAAACCCAUUUAUAUUCGCUGACAGUCGCUCUAUGAAUGGUUGUCUAUUAACUUGUUCAAAAAGUAUCAGGAGUUGACAAGGGCUCUGGCGAGGAGGGAAACCGAGUUUGUGUUGAUUCUUAAAGACUAAGAAAAGAAGUUUGUGGGCACAACAGGAACUAAAAGCGUUUACCUCCCCAGCAAAGUUACCAGAACUGGUAAGGUAACUUCAGCAGCCUGCACUUUGGACUUUUUUGACGUGUUUUUGUAUUUACUUCUGGUGGGGAAGACUUUCACGAAAUCGUUUUAAAUGUACAACAUGAUGGAAACCGAGCUGAAACCCCCGGCGUCUCAGCCGAACACGGGGGGCACGGGGAACACCAACUCUUCAGGAAACAAUCAGAAAAACAGCCCGGACCGGGUCAAGAGACCCAUGAACGCCUUCAUGGUGUGGUCGCGGGGCCAGAGGAGGAAAAUGGCACAGGAGAACCCCAAAAUGCACAAUUCGGAAAUAAGCAAGCGACUCGGGGCCGAGUGGAAACUUCUGUCCGAGAGCGAGAAGCGGCCGUUCAUCGACGAAGCCAAGCGCCUUCGGGCUCUCCACAUGAAGGAACACCCGGAUUACAAAUACAGACCCCGCAGGAAAACCAAGACCCUCAUGAAGAAGGACAAGUACACCCUGCCGGGCGGGCUUCUGGCGCCGGGGGGCAACGGCAUGGGCGCCGGUGUGGGUGUAGGGGCCGGUUUGGGCGCUGGGGUCAACCAGAGGAUGGACAGUUAUGCCCAUAUGAACGGAUGGACCAACGGAGGCUACGGCAUGAUGCAGGAGCAGCUGGGUUACCCGCAGCACCCGGGACUGAACGCGCACAACACGGCGCAGAUGCAGCCCAUGCACCGCUACGACAUGAGCGCGCUCCAGUACAACUCCAUGACCAACUCGCAGACCUACAUGAACGGAUCGCCCACCUACAGCAUGUCCUAUUCGCAGCAAAGCACGCCGGGAAUGACGCUGGGCUCCAUGGGCUCGGUGGUCAAGUCUGAGUCCAGUUCGAGUCCGCCGGUGGUCACGUCGUCCUCUCACUCCCGGGCCGGACAGUGUCAAACGGGGGACCUGCGGGACAUGAUCAGUAUGUACCUGCCUGGCGCGGAGGUCCAGGAUCAGAGUGCCCAGAGCAGACUGCACAUGUCCCAACACUACCAGAGCGCACCUGUGCCCGGCACGACGAUUAACGGCACAAUCCCCUUAUCGCAUAUGUAAACGAACUUUUCUACACUCAUUUGGACUAUUUUUGUACAGAACACUUUGGGGAGGGAAAAGUUGUAUAGAGCUCAAGGAAAGAACACAAACUUUUGCUUUCUAUUUAAAAUGGAACGGUAGGAACUCCACACAGUUUUUCGUUCUGUUGUUUUUUUUUUCUUUUCUGUUCUGUUCUCUUUUUUUUUUUUUUAUUCCAGAAGGUGUAUGAGAUUGGAAA